AUGAUUCAUUCUCUCUAUCCAUUUUCAAUUGAUUAUCAACCUACUUUUUAUUUUGAAAAUGAAAGUCUACCUAAAAAUCAAAGAAUAGAAUAUACAAUGAAUUAGAAUAUGAAUGAUUUACAAUUGCAUCCUUAAUUUUAAUGCCCUUAAUAACUAGUAAACUAUGAAAUUAUUAUGGAUUAAUAAACUCAAAAUAAGCCCAAGAAGUUCAAAAAAUAUAAGUAUUAUUAUAUAGUUUGAUUUUAUUAGAAGAAAUGAUUAAAAGGAAUUGCUUCCUAAAACUAAAGCAUCAUACAUAGAACCUUAAAAAGAGGAAUUGUAUUAUUUUAACUAUAGCACUUUAGUAUCAAACCUAUAGUUUAACCUUAAUAUUCACUAGUACAAAUUACACAGGGUACUUUAUUACCCAAAUUACAAUCAGAUAUUGUAACAGAUGGUUUACCUCCUGGGUCAAAACAGAUUCUAAAAUCAAAUAAGUCUAAUCAAACAAAAAAGGCAAGAAAAGAAAAUAUUAAUACAGGUCAUUGGUCAGCAGUUGAACAUACUAUAUAUGUUAAUUUCUUGUCUCAAUAUGAAAACAUUAUGAAUUCAUCAAUGAUGAAGAAAACAUCUAAAAUAUUUAAAUAAAUGAGUGAAUUAAUAGGAACAAGAACUCCUAGUUAAUGUAGAAGUCAUCAUCAAAAAUUUAAUCCAUAUGCUCAUAGAGGAGAAAAUGGUAAAAGAUUACCAAGAAAUGAAAGAAGUAGAGCAGGACGUAAGAAGAAAAAUUAAUUAACUGAUAUUGCUAAAGAUGGUAAUUAUAUUUACAAUAUUAUAGAAUAAUUAAUUGAAUAAGAUCCUGUUUAUAUGAUUUUUGAUAAAUAAAUUUACUAUCACCCUUUAAUGACUAAUGGAUUAGAUUAUUAGCCAUUUCCUAAUGAUAUGAAUCUCAAAAGAGAAGAUGUUUUAGAAUAUUUUCAUCCAAAUUAAUCAUUAGAUUUUGACGAUUAUUUGAAAAUCAGACCAGAUUAUAAUAAUUAGUUAGAUUAUUGA